AUGGCGAUGAUGCCAUCAACGCACGACUGGAUUAACAACCCGCUGGAUGUGGUGAAUGAGAUGUUUGCCGCAUCUCAGAACAACUCAAAUACCGGUUGGGAGGAGAAAGUGGUCCAUUUCUUUAAAGAGCACUUAAAACAGGCGGAUGCUCACACCUGGGUCCCAUCUAUGAAUGAUGUCCCACUACACUACCUAAAACCUGACAGCCUGGUCAAGUUUCGCUGUUUAAUUCAGGACAUGUUUGAUCCUGAGUUUUACAUGGGAGUGUAUGAAACUGUUGAUCCCUCAUCACAAGCUAAGAAGUUAAGAUGUGGAAAGUACAAAGAUGUGAUCGAAUGUGAGGUGGAUUUUAACUCUAAAAACACUGUGGCUUCUGAAAGACAAACCUUCUACUGUGUACCUGUUCCUGGAGAAAACUCUUGGGUGAAAACUUGUUAUGCUGACUCAAGUCAAGCAAGAGUUCUUCUACCUUCCACUUCAUAUGUGCCAAACAGACAGAAACGAAGCCAUGAAGAUGAUGACAUGGAUGGAACGGGUGCUCAACCACAGAAGCAGAGGGAACCUCAUCUUGGGCUUCACAUUCCUCCAAACCAAAAAUGGGGGACGGAAGCCGCUUCGGGGCCUGUGCCGCGUGCUUCACAUCUUGAGCUCUUGAACUUCCCUCUACCAGAUGAGAAAGGUCCCUCCUGCUUAGUGAAGGUCUAUGAGGACAUGGAGAGCUUCAAAUUGAAUGACACCAUAGAAGUCUAUGGGAUUCUCUCAGUGAGUCCUGCACUCAGUGCUCUGGCAGAAGACAAGGACGAGUCAUCAUCCUUUUCUAAUGAAUUGGACUCAAUUGUGACUGCGAAGGAGAAUGAAGUGCACAACCCGCCUUCCUCACUAGUUCCUCGCCUUCACAUGCUCUAUGCCAAAUCACUGGCACAAAACAACCCUCUGCUGCCCUGUGCCACCUUGCAAGACAACCAUGAAUUUUUGUCUUCAACUUUGAGUGGGAUGGCAUCAGUCAGAGAGGAAUUCCUUACAUAUCUAACUCACGUGCUUUUGGGAGAUUCCCUGGCCGCUGAGUACCUCAUCCUCCAUCUUGUUUCCACCGUGUAUGCUAGGCGAGAUGUGCUACCACUGGGCAAGUUCGCCCUAAAUCUGAGUGGAUGUCCUACCAUCUCCUCAUACACUGAACGCCUCUACAAGGUCAUCCAACAACUUGUUCCUUCUUCCUUUUAUCUGGGCAUGAGCCUUCACAACAUGAAUCAGAUGCGGCUGGUGCCAAAGAAGGACUACCAGGCCAACCGUCUGGUUAGCGGAGCCUUGCAGCUGGCUAAAAACACUUCCCUCUUCCUUGAUGAAACUCAACUGGAGCAGGGACAGCUGGACACGACAGGUGUACGCAAUGUCACAGCUUUGGGGAAUGUGAUCUCGUGGCAGAAGGUUGAUUAUGACUUUAACUACCACCAGAUGGAAUUCCCCUGCAAUAUUAACGUGCUGGUGGCAUCAGAGGGCCGCUCACUUCUGCCGUCAGAUUGUCAGAUUCACCUGCAGCCUCAAGUGGCUUCAGAUCACAUGGAUGAAUAUCUCAGCAGCAUCCCCUUGCAUGAGCAGAGCUCCUCACAGUUCAACAAUUUCCGACUUUAUCUGAGUGUGGCCCGGCAACUGGACUAUAGUAUCCCAGACGAAGUGACCAAGUCAGUGGAGGAUGAUUUUGUAGAUAUGAGGAAGGACGAUCCCCAAAACAUAACUGCCGAGGACCUUCAUCGAAUGCUUGUUGUGGCAAGGUUGCUGUCUCUGAGCCUGGGACACACCUCUCUGUCCAGAGAUACAUGGCAGAGGGCCAAACACUUGGAGAUUCAGCGUAGGUACAGGAUGGAGCACCACAAGAGCGUCAACGGAAAAGAGCCUUAA